AUGGAAACACAAGAACCACAGCUAAGAAACUCACAAAAAAGUUCAAAGAGGAAAAAAAAAUCAACAAAAUCGAUAAAUACAUCAUCCAUAAUACAAGAUCAAAUAAACUAUAAUAACUUUACUCCAAUGGAAACAGAAAAUAUCAAUAUUAAUAACAACAACCCUAGUAAUAAUAAUAAUAAUAAUAAUAAUAAUAAUAAUAAUAAUAAUAAUAAUAAUAAUAAUAAUAAUAAUAAUAAUAAUAAUAUGUAUAAUAGCAAUUUAAAUAAUAAUAGUAUUGGCUAUAGUCAACAUCCACAAAAUAACAUGGCAAAUAACCAAUCUAUAAAUCAACAACAGCAACAGCAACAGCAACAACAAUCAAAUUUUGAAGAUAUAUAUUCAGAUGAAUAUUGUGAAAAUCAAAUGAAAUUUAUUGAAAUCUAUAUUAAAAAAUGGAAAGAAAAUUAUAUUGAAACUAUGAAAGCUAAUAUUGAAUUUCACAGAGAAGAACAUCAAGCAUUUAAUGAACAAUUAAAUGACUUAAAAUCUGAAAGAGUAUUUUUAAACAAUUAUAAAGAAUCAAAUUUAAGAAUAAUAGAAUCACAACAACAGCAACUUCAACUUGUAAAAAACGAGAUUAAAUCAAUUGAAAAGAAUCGGGAUCAAUUACCAUUAGAUUUAGAUUUCAGAAAAAUUAAAUACGAUGAAGAAUCACAAAAACUUUCAAACCUAUCAGAUACAAUUAAAUCAAUUGAAGAGCAUUCAAACAAACUGUUAAAUGAUAUUUCAACACCACUACUCCAAUUUAAAAAAUAUUUAGGUUUAGAUUUUAAAAAAUUAGAGAAUAAUGAAGGUUUAAAGUUUAUUUUUACGCACAUAGAUAAAAACAACUAUUUUAAAGAAUUUUCAAUUUCAAUUUCAUUGGAUAAGAAUACAGAGGACUAUUUCAUUGUAGAUUGCACCCCAAUCAUCCCAAAUGCAUCCCAACUUAUUAAAACUUUAAAUAGUACUGGUAAUCUUUCGAGCUUUAUUAAAAGAGUUAGAAAGCAAUUUGUAAAUAUAACCAAUAAUAUAUCAACAUCAACAACAACAGCAACAGCAACAAAAAACUCAAAAAAUUUUAAUAAUAUAAAUAAACAAGAAAAAAAAUAA